UCUCACGGCUUUUAAUUCCUUCGUAAUGAAUUUUUCUUUCUCUGCAGCUCUUUCUUUGUUCUUCGCCUCGGUGUUUCUGAUCGUUGGUUAUGCUUCUGUCCGGAAAUCGGAAGAAAGAAGAAGGAAAUGUGAAGGUGGCGACUCGGGCAUGCCGGAACCUUCGGGAGCUUUGCCCUUGAUCGGCCAUCUCCAUCUUCUUCGCGGUAAAGAUCUCGUCUUUAAGAAGUUUGCCGCCAUGUCCGAUAAGCUCGGCCCUAUCUUCUCUCUUAAGAUAGGGACCUACAGAUUGGUGGUCGUGAGCGAUUCGGAAACCGCUAGAGAAUGUUUCACGGCUAGUGACCAGGUUUUAGCCAACAGACCGAACAUAUCCUUGGGCCGUUAUGUCGGAUAUAACAACGCGAUCCUCGCUCUAGCGCCCUAUGGAGACUACUGGCGUGAGCUGCGGAAGAUCACCACCAUCCAUCUCUUCUCCAAUCAUCGGAUAGAGAUGCUCGGCCACGUCCGUUUAUCCGAAGUGAACGCGUUUAUCAAACACUUGUACACUACUACUAUGGAGAGAGGCAGCUCCGUGGUCGGGAUGGACACGUUAUUGGAGUUCAUGACGUUUAACUCGAUCCUUAAGAAAUUGGUCGGGAAGAGGAUCGAGUAUGGGGAAGUGGAAUGUGAGGAAUGGCGGUAUAAGAAAGCGAUAAAGCAGGCGGAGCACUUGGCUGGUAUUUUCAUGGUGGGGGAUGCGAUUCCAUGGCUAGAAUGGUUAGAUUUUGCUAAAGUAUCUUCCAUGAAGAACACUGCAAAGGAGCUCGAUGCGGUGAUCUCGAAGUGGCUCCAAGAACAUCUCGAGAAAAGAUCGGGAAACGGAAACGAUGAGAUGGGUCUUGACCAGGACAAGACUAUCAUGGAUCUACUGAUCGAUGUCUUGCCCGAGGAUGUUGUAAUGUCUGGCCACACCCGCGAUACCAUUGUCAAGGCAACUAUUUUGAUUCUUACAGUAACAGGUUCAGACAGCACAUUCAUCACUCUGAUAUGGACAGUGUCCUUAUUACUGAACAACCCGAGCGUUUUGAAAACCGCGCAAGAUGAGAUCGACGUUAUCGUCGGAAAAGGAAGAUGGGUCGAAGAAUCCGACGUAAGAAACCUCAAGUUCUUACAAGCUAUCAUCAAGGAAACUCACCGGCUUUACCCACCUGCUCCUCUUACAGGGAUCAGAGAAGCUAGCGAGGAUUGUUAUGUGGGUGGAUACCGUAUAACCAAAGGCACCCGUCUACUCAUAAACUUAUGGAAACUUCACCGGGAUCCCAAGAUUUGGCCAGAGCCUGAAGUUUUCAGACCAGAGAGGUUUAUGGUGGAGGAGACGAAGGGAUGGGACAAGAGUGGUUACGAAUACAUUCCCUUCAGUUCGGGGCGGAGGUCGUGUCCGGGCAUGAACCUCGGCCUACGAGUCGUUUACUUGGUGCUUGCUCGGUUGCUUCAGGGAUUUGAGCUACGGAGAGUUUCGGAUGAACCACUGGACAUGGCCGAAGGGCCUGGUCUUGCUCUGCCUAAAGUUGAACCGGUUGAAGUUUCGGUUAUGCCCCGUCUUGAACCGGAUCUGUACCAGGUUAUCUGAACCGGUCAUUUGUUGUAUUCUAGAUUCAUGAUAUCUUGUUUGUGGUGCUGGUGGGUGGCGUGAUGUUUUAUGCGGUUGAAGUUUCGGUCUUGAACCGGAGUUAUACCGGAUUAUAUUAACCGGUCGUUUGCUAUAUUUCCGGUUCAUGAAAUGUUCUCUGUGGUGUGGAUGGACGUGAUGUUUAAUGCGCUAAGGAAAAUAA